UUGAAUGCAUUAAAUUCAUUUGAAUUCAUAACUCAUUUUUCAAUGCUGCUCCAAUUUUGAAACUUCGAUUUCUCGCCGCGCGAGGUCACUCGAAUCAAAUGUCCUGCAUGAUUCGAUCGAAUGCGUUGUGUGAUCGAACUUUGAAAAGUCGUGCCUCGGACGCUCGCAUUAUCGCAUGCUUAUGCUGUCGUGAUUCCUCAUCCUCCGAUUUAUGUAACGAGAACCUUCCGUUGACGAUCAGCCCAAAGAUAUGGAAGAGACAUGUCUGGAGGAAGGUCCUGCGGUAAAUUUCGAAAGAGCCACCUUAGAAAUCGCUAAUACCGACCCUGUCAGAUCGUCGAUAGAGAAUGCGGAUGACGCGACGAAACAGCAUACCGCCCCGAGAAACGUGUGCAAUGCGCCGUUCAAGCACAUAGAUGUUAACACAUUCUUCACUGAUAGGAACGAGGUCGUCGAGAGAGCGAUAAAUGAUUGCACUGAAAAAUUGAUAAAGCAGAACGAUGAUGAAUUGGUUGGAAGCUGGCUUCUAACGGAGAUAAGUCUAUGGGACACAGAGAAAGAAAGACUUGUAUUACUGGCAACAAAAGCUCUCUACUCUGUAAAGUACGAUUUUAUUUCUUUGAAGAUACUUGACUUUAAUCGAGUACCCAUAUUGCUGUUUGAUACCAUAGUCAUGGGAGAAUUGAUCUAUCCGAACUCGUCUCUUGCACCACGAUUAAGUGGAUUAGCAGAGGGUGUGUCGUCUAUAAUUCAUUGUGCAGUACGUCAGGAGUGGUCGUCUAUUGCAGGUUGCUCUAAUCUUACUCAAUUUGAACCUAGGAAACGGCAUAUGUCGGGAAUAAGACUUAUGUGGAACAGGGGGCAGCCGUUGCCUCUUAUAAAAAAGUGGAAUCCAUUUGCGAGAGAUAUACCAUGGCUCACAUAUGCUAGUCAUCCAUUGUUCUGGUACAAAGCUGGAACCGAGAUUGUGAAAACGAGAUUUGAUAUAGAAGCUUUUCAUAUCACGCUUAAAAGUUUACUACCUCAUGAAUGCAACGUUGUUAAUUUACCGAUCGUUAUAGAGAAUUAUUGCGGUCUCGGUGCUUUAGUGCACAAUAGGAACGGCUUAGGUUUCUUUAAAGUACGUGGCAAAGUCAGUUUCUAAUUUCUUGUUGCAAAUGCUGCAAGGUAUUCUGAAUUUUACUACUAUUAAUAUUUUUCUUCUUAAAAUUCUUUUCUACUAUACCACACUUGUAAUUUCAUCCUCUCUUGUACAGUAUUAUAAUGGUAAUUAAUAUUGCAAAACACAAUCAUUUCUAUGAUAAAUAAACAAGCACAUAUAUAUUAAUAAU